UGACGAGACACGAGGACCCGACCCAGACCCAGCUAGACUGAAACUAACUAGGUCAUCGGUGUGUUUUGGUAAACAAGAUAGGUUGUGAGUGUCACGUGUAUUUCUACAAGUCACUUUAGCGACUGGAUCAUAUUUUCACACCAUGGGAAAAGUUAAGAAGCAGAAAAAGCAUCUGAAGUUCGACUACAACAGGGAUCGCAAGAAGAACUGGAAGAAAGCGAAAGGAACGCCGACAAUUAAAUGUGAUGAAAUCAAGGCAGCAUGGGACGAGACCAAAAGUGUGAAAAGGAAUAUGAGAGACAUGGGCCUGUCAGCUGACCCAAACAAGACACUGAGGUUGCCAAGAGUGAAGCCUCUGAAAAUGGGUACCCUUGAUGUAGAAAUGGAAAUUGAUCUGGAAAAGACUCCAACGAAAACGUUUGUAGUGGAUGAUUUAGAGGUGAAGUCUAAAAUAGCGGGAAAGAAAAAGAUGACCAUGUCUGAUGAGGAUGCUGGCUUCUGUGUGUACAUGAUGGACAAAUAUGGUGACAAUUAUGUUGCAAUGGCUCGUGAUGAACGAAAUUAUUAUCAGGAUACACCCAAACAGAUUCAGCGGAAAAUAAACAGGUUCAAGAGCAUUCCCAAAAUGUAUGAUGUGUAUGCAGAGUCAAAGAAAGAGUCAGACAGGACAAGUGGAAAUCGACCGCCCCUUGUUUCCCUGUCCCCUCACAGGUACAUGACCCGGUGGUCAGAAGCAUGCCGACGGAACGGUCACUUCUACUCGCCGCCAGACAGUUCUGAAGUUGCAUACGCACCUCAUGCAACCUUAUGCAGAGUGCGCCGUCGUCUGCAGUUUGGUCGAAAACCACCAAAGGAGAGAGAUGUCUUGCCCUCCACAGAUAAGAGCAGCACUGAAUGAGCCAGACUCCCUGUAGCCAGUUGAUCUCAGCACAUGUUACUCAGGUU